AUGAGUGAAGUUGAGAUACUCAAGUCCAUAUAUCCGGACUUCAUUCCAAGCGACGAUUCCAGCGAAUCCUUCGUGCGGCUAGAAAUUCCCGUCCAAUUCGAAGAACCCACCACAGUGCAAAUCGUCGGAGAGUCAGACACCCUCUUCAAGUCCUUGCGCAACCUACCGCCUCUAAUUCUGCAUAUUGUCUUGGGUCAUGGUUAUCCAGAACAUAACCCGCCGGAUUUAGCUAUUCGGUGCUCCUGGCUCUCACUGGAGCUUACGUCAAGGCUACACAACCUUCUUCGAAAUAUAUGGCAGCACGACGCCGUGCUAUUCGACUGGGUCGAGUUCAUUCGUUCCGGCACAUUCUUGUCCUCAUUAGACCUUCACGGGUCUUCUGGUGGACUUUCUUUGCGGCAUUCAGAUCCUCGGCAGCUCAUGGAACUCUUUACGGCUCACGACGAGUCCGCUCGUUCCACAAUUUUCUCCGAGCAAGCAUACAACUGCGCCAUUUGUCUAUCUUCGAAGAAAGGAAAAAGCUGUAUCCAGCUAUUUUGCACUCACGUGUUCUGUCGCGCUUGCUUGAACGAUUUCUGGUCGUUGCAGAUUCAAGAAGGCGAUGUCGAAUUUCUGGGUUGUCCUGAUGCAGAUUGUGUCAAGGCAAAACGCACCGUAAACCAAGAGGAUCUAGUUCGCAUAGUGUCGCCAGAGGCGGUUAAGCGAUGGACCUGGCUGAGAGAGAAGAUCAUGUUUGAGAAAGACCCUUCGCUUGUUCAUUGUCCUAUGUCGUUCUGCCAAAGCCCAGUUCCACGUCCCAUAGAUGCUACAUCCGACUCAAGGGCAGACAAGCUUCGUAUUUGCUCGGCCUGUUCGUUUUCAUUUUGUUCGUUCUGCAAACGGAGCUGGCAUGGAGUCAACAGCUGUCCAAUAUCGCAGACAGAGACUGUUGUUCGAGAGUAUCUCGCUUUACCAGAAGGCUCUCGGGAACGCUUGGCCUUGGAAGCACACUACGGAAAAUCAAUCAUCGCAAAACUAGUCCUCCGCUAUGAAGAAGAGCAGUUGAACAAAUCUUGGCUGGAAUCGAACGCCAUGGCGUGUCCUAGUUGUGAGCUGCACAUAGAAAAAUCACUUGGAUGCAAUCACCAUGGACGUUUACACCACAUCUUUCACCUAUCCACGCCGGUCGCGAUACGCUCAUUCGGCUCCUUCUUCACUCGAAUUUCCUGGCGCGGAAAUCAGGCUCUCCUCCCCCCCGACUCGUAUGCUCUCCAGCAUGUCAACAUCCCUGAUGCCUCUCUCCAACCAGACGCAGAGGCCAUCCAGAAGCUCGUCAUGAUGGCAAUGUCCCUCCAUGGCUGCCACAUCUCGUAUUUUCAAGCGGAUCCUGGACGUUGGAACUUCUAUAUUUCUGGCUCAUACCAGCAGGUCCUCCUCGCCCGUGGAAUGAUUCUCAAAGAAUGCCCUAUUCAACAUCGUGUAGCAAUCAAAGUUGCUCGCUCUGAAAUCCUUGACUCGCCUUCUUCAAAUCCCUCGCUCAAACAUGAAGUUCGACGUCGUCUCGAUGAGAUUGCGUCUCAAACCCUCGCUCACAUUGCCGUCGUUAAUAGCCCGCUCUCUCUAUCUAGCCGCACCCCACCUGAUGGGAUCAGCAAUGGUGGUUGGUCUGGUCUAGAAACGGAGCGGGUUUGCGAGCUAGUGGUUACUGGACAGGGUGACUCCGUCGAUUUGGCGCGCGUUAGACUGCUGGUGAUGCUGGAUGAAUUGAGCGGGCUCCAUGCUGAAAUGUGUGAAAUCGACCAAAAGCUCCAUGCCAUUGUUGCCGGUAGAAAGCGCUCCGUUUUGCAGUCCAUUCAAGAGGAAACUGCCACGAACAUCUAUUUCCCUUCUCCUUUGCAAGGUCUCGUCGGACCCGACCAUCCUGGCUCUGAAUCGCCCAUUGCUAACAGGAGCGGAAAUAUAAUUUGGAUAACUGGAGAAUUCUUUGGGGUGCAGCGCGCUAGAGACAUGCUGUUCCAAGUCUCCGUGAACAAGAGCAAGUCGGUUAUCUCCCGUGACACGGCAAUCCUACCCCGCAAGCUUGACUGGAUGGUGACUGACAGGGCUGACGACCUCAAAUCGAUUGUCAGCGACAACGCUACCUUCAUACAAUUCCCAGCGUUGGGUAGUUCUACCAGUCUCAUCACCGUUUAUGGCGAUAAUCGCGUCAAUAUUCAGCGAACUAUCCGUUCAAUUAUGCAGCUUGCAUGCAACUACUACGUGGGGUCAUUCUGGCUUUUGCCCAUCCAAUUCAAUGCACUACUGCCGCCCGCUACUUUGAAUCCGUCUCAAGUCACCAAUCUUUUGAAGCAAAUUUCUGUUGCGUCUGGUGCAGAAGUCGUUUUCAAGAGUAUGUGCUUUGAAAUGCACGGACUGGAGCAGGAGGUGCGCUCGGCAGUUGGAAUGGUCAUGGAGCUCGAGAUGAUACAAGCCUUCCACCACGAAAUUCGGUUCCAAAUAGAGCUCGCCAAUGAGCACCGCGAAUUCAUCAGCGGUAAAAAGAACGGAAAGAUCAACAAAAUCAUGCAAACGACCAACGUUAAAAUCAAGUUUGAAACCUUCAACGACCACAAUUUCUUGAUUGACAUCGCGGGACCCGAUGGUUCUGUACUUCAAGGCCUGUCCCUUUUGCAGGAAGAACUGCCGGCAGAAUUAUCUUUCCACGUCCCAGAGGCGUACCACAAACGAAUCAUCGGGGUUGGAGGAAGAAGCAUCCAGCGCAUCAUGAAGAAGUACGGGGUCUAUGUCAAGUUCUCAAAUGCAGAAGAGUUCGCGGCUCUCGGCGGGUACAAUGACAAUGAUGACAAUGUUGUCGCUCGAACACCCGCGAAGAAUGCCAUCAACUUGGACAACCUCAAGCAGUCUGUGAUGGAGCUUGUCAACCCUAAGGAUAAGGAUUACAUCAACGAGACAGUUUCUAUCCCUCGCCGCUACCACCGCACACUCCUGGGAGAGAAGAGCAUCUUCAUCCGUGACAUAGAGACCAAGACCAACUCGCGCGUUCGCUUCCCUCCAAAGGAGCUGGCGUCGGACGUCGUCACAAUCUUUGGCCCAGAAAGUCAGGUGCAAAUUGCAGCGGCGAUGUUGCUCGACCACGUACCUUACGAGGCAGACAUGGGUGUGCCUCCCAGUGCGGAGUUGUCUCGACUGAUCGUGUCACCGGAGUUCAGCAGUCUUGUUGAACGAAUCAAGCGCGAACUACAAGUAUCUAUCGUGCCGAAUAUGAAAAUGGCCACCGUGAACGAAGAUGCUGGCGCCGAGAUCCCCUCCGAGUUUUCUUUCAAAUUCCGGUGUCAGCGGAGCAAUAGUGACUUCCUUGUUACCGCUCGCGAAAUGCUUGAACAAUUCCUGACCAAUCAUAACAUCCAUCUCUUCCCUGCGCCGGCUUCGCAUGUCCACAAGCGAGGCGACUCUUUUGCUGAGGCUUUCCCCCACUUCGACAGCAAGCUUUUGUCGACUGCGAGGACUCAUCAUGAAUCCGAUGACUUGGGCCGCCCUGACUUUGUCGGUGAUCGAAGGCUCCGUAUGGCCAACUCGUCUCCAGAUGUCAAGGCUCUAUUCAACUCCCCAGCCUACAUUUACAAUCUUGAACACAAUGAACGUCAAAGCAAUCAUGUAACCACUAGCUCGCUCGAUUACUGGACCCCCUUGCCUCCGAUUGGCUCGGGUAUUCCCCAUCGCACAAGACACUCGGAAGACGCCAUCAAAAGAGGCUCAGACUCGUUACUCGAGGCUAAACUCAAGGAUGAGCUGACCAAGCCGCGUUCAAUGCAAAAUCGCGCGCAGUCGCUUGACCUCACCUAUUCGCUCUCUCGCAUUACCGAGUCUCGGUUGCCACCAGACUCGCCCACUACGUCUGCGGGAGAAACUGGUGGUAAUUCCAGUCCUAUCUCAGCCACCGCGCCGUCCUUCCCUAGCGUCUAUGGUACUUCUAUCUCGCGUUCUGCAGUUAUCGGUACUGCGAUGCAACGACCGGAGUUGGAUGUGGACGAAGUCUCCCGCGUCAUUUCCACACUUGGGUUGUGA